UGUUUUUUAUGGGCAGGCGUCUGCGGCUGAGGACUGCAGAGCUGGGUCUAUGGAGUUUCGGUCCUCACUUCCCAUCUUUGAAGGAGACCCGGUUUCCAGCUCAGCUUUUUGGGGCCUAUGGUUUCUAUCUGUGGCCAAGCCUUCAGAGUGACUGGCCUACCUUGAGGUCCACCCGAGAAUCGGAACAUCAGUGGAAGACCUCCCUAUCCACAAAACCAGGGUCCGGAAGAACUCACACCAGAGGAUGCCCCUCUUCUUCCGGAAGCGGAAACCCAGUGAGGAGGCUCGAAAGCGCCUGGAGUACCAGAUGUGUCUGGCAAAAGAAGCUGGGGCAGAUGACAUUCUUGACAUCUCUAAGUGUGAGCUCUCCGAGAUCCCAUUUGCGGCUUUUGCAACGUGCAAAGUUCUACAGAAAAAGGUGUUGAUUGUCCAUACAAACCACCUCACCUACCUGCUUCCCAAGUCCUGCAGCCUCUUGAGCCUAGCCACCAUCAAGGUUCUGGAUCUCCAUGACAACCAGCUGACAGCCCUUCCUGAUGACAUGGGGCAGCUGACAGCCCUGCAGGUAUUGAACGUGGAAAGGAAUCAGCUGAUGCAUCUCCCUCGCUCUAUCGGGAACCUGCUGCAGCUCCAGACCCUCAAUGUAAAAGACAACAAGCUGAAGGAGCUUCCUGACACCCUGGGGGAGCUGCGGAGCCUGCGCACCCUCGACAUCAGUGAAAAUGAGAUUCAGAGACUGCCCCAGAUGCUGGCACAUGUUCGGACCCUGGAGACGCUGAGCCUCGACGCCUUGGCAAUGGUCUACCCCCCACCAGAGGUGUGUGGCGCUGGCACUGAGGCUGUGCAGCAGUUCCUCUGCAAAGAGUCAGGACUGGACUAUUACCCACCUUCUCAGUACCUGCUGCCGGUCUUGGAACAAGAUGGAGCUGAGAACUCCCAGGACAGCCCCGAUGGACCCACAAGCAGAUUCUCCAGGGAAGAGGCUGAAUGGCAGAAUCGGUUCUCCGACUAUGAGAAGCGAAAGGAGCAGAAGAUGUUGGAGAAGCUGGAGUUCGAGCGGCGCCUGGAGCUUGGGCAGCGGGAGCACGCCGAGCUGCUGCAGCGGAGCCACAGCCAUAAGGACGAGAUCCUGCAGACGGUCAAGCAGGAGCAGACACGGCUAGAGCAGGGCCUGAGUGAGCGCCAACGCUGCCUGGAUGCAGAACGGCAGCAGCUGCAGGAGCAGCUCAAGCAGACAGAGCAGAGUAUCGCCACCCGCAUCCAAAGACUCCUACAGGACAAUCAGAGGCAAAAGAAGAGUUCUGAGAUUCUGAAAUCGCUGGAGAAUGAGAGAAUAAGAAUGGAGCAGUUGAUGUCUAUUACCCAAGAGGAGACAGAGAACCUCAGGCAGCGUGAGAUCGCUGCCGCCAUGCAGCAGAUGCUGACCGAGAGCUGUAAGAGCCGGCUCGUCCAGAUGGCCUACGAGUCUCAGAGGCAGAGCCUGGUGCAGCAGGCCUGUUCCAGCAUGGCUGAAAUGGACAAGCGGUUCCAGCAGAUUCUGUCAUGGCAGCAGAUGGAUCAGAACAAAGCCAUCAGCCAGAUCCUUCAGGAGAGUGUGAUGCAGAAGGCUGCUUUUGAGGCUCUCCAGGUGAAGAAAGACCUGAUGCAUCGGCAGAUCAGAAACCAGAUUAGGCUAAUAGAAACUGAGUUACUGCAGCUGACACAGCUGGAGUUAAAGAGGAAGUCCCUGGACACAGAAACGCUUCAGGAGAUGGUCUCAGAGCAGCGCUGGGCACUCAGCAACCUGCUCCAGCAGCUCCUCAAAGAGAAGAAGCAGCGGGAAGAAGAACUCCAUGGCAUCCUGGCAGAAUUAGAGGCCAAGAGUGAAACGAAGCAGGAAAACUACUGGCUCAUUCAGUACCAAAGGCUUUUGAACCAGAAGCCUUUGUCCUUGAAGCUGCAGGAAGAAGGCAUGGAGCGGCAGCUGGUGGCCCUGCUGGUGGAGCUGUCUGCCGAGCACUACCUGCCCCUCUUCGCCCACCACCGCCUCUCACUGGACACGCUGAGCCGGAUGAGCCCUGGGGAUCUGGCUAAGGUGGGUGUCUCAGAAGCAGGCCUGCAACAUGAGAUCCUGCGGAGAGCCCAGGACCUGCUGGAUGUGGCCAGGGUCCAGCCAGAGUUGAAACCACCCAAGAAUGAGGUCCUUGGUGUCCUCGAGCCCCCAACAGCCCCUCAGGAGCUUCCUGAGUCUGUGAGACCGUCUGCCCCCCCAGCUGAACUGGACGUGCCAACCUCAGAGUGUGUUGUGUGCCUGGAACGUGAGGCCCAGAUGGUCUUCCUCACCUGUGGCCAUGUCUGCUGCUGCCAGCAGUGCUGCCAGCCACUGCGUACCUGCCCACUGUGCCGCCAGGAGAUCUCCCAGCGCCUCCGGAUCUACCAUAGCAGCUGAACGCACAGCACCUGCCAGCCUGGCCCUUCCUUGGCACCAUCUCCACCACUGCUGGACUCCCACCCUCCCACAUUCCCCAGACUAGGGCAAGACUGCUGUAGGCCUUUGCCACCACCUGCCACCCCACCCCUCACUGCUUUGAGCACUAAGCAGCCAGGUGGGAUGUUCCUGGCCUGUGACAUAGCUAUUCUGAACAGUGAACAAAAGACAGGACAAAUCUGCUGGUGAUGGAGCCUUAUGGCAUAGGGCCAAGGUCCAGGGUACAGAGGUGGCCUUGCAGGACUCAGGAGUCCAUGUUACUAGCCACGCUUCAGUGCUAUACCUAGCUGUCUGCCCCUCCUGGAGGUGUCCAUAUCUGUGGCGUGCAUCAGCCAUCCUGUCCUAAGGUGGGACAGUGUCUCUGGGAAGGGGUGGACUGCGCAAGACUCCCCAGUUCCCUUUUGCUCCUUUCUGAACACCUGCCCUCCCAUAUCUGCACCCUUAGCCCACACAGACAGGUUGAUUCAAAACAGGAGCACCAAUAAAUCUGACUCCUGGAGUCGCCCCUAGGUCCAUGGGAACUUGGGAGGGGUAGGAGUGGGCAGAGCCCAGGGAGAAGGCAGUUCUUCCGGGGGAAGGGCCAGAGCUGCUGCACCUGGGACAGAGGGAAGGCAGAGACAUUGCCCAGUGGAGAGUCAGGCAAUGCCUGACUGAGGGCAGACAAACGGGAACAGCCAGGGGUGGGGCCUCACUAUUUAUUUAUAAGCAGCUCGUGCUCAUAGGGCAGGUUGUAUUCCCUGCAAUGAUUAUCCUAGGUGAUGGGGCUGCCAAGGUAACUGCAAGGCAUGUUAACUCUCAGAUGGGCAGCCCACCCUCCCCAGCUGAAGUGCAAGGGGUUCCAUGUGACAUGAUACCCUUCUGCCCUCCCCGGUAGAGUGCACAUGGCCUACAGCUCAAUAAAUACUGCUACUCCACAGGCUCCGGGGAAACUAGCCAUUGGCACCUAGCUCAGGCCCGGAGCCACCCUCAUGAUGGACACGUGGGAUUGAUCAGGUUAUCAGGAGGCUAGACACCCGGAAGCUCUAUGGCCUUCCACCUUCUCUCUGAGCCUCAGUUCCCCCCUCUAAAAUAGGGCAUUGUAAGAACGGGUUAGAAAAAGAAACCUCAGUAAAGUAGUUGGCAUUUGGAAGUCUGGAUCCCCAGAACUCAGGGCCAUGCCAGUGCAGGCAGUCACAGUACUGAGGAUGCUGAGCUGGCAGACCCUGGGACUCGGCAGCCAGCCAGGCUGUCCGAAUUAGUGAGUUCAGGCUAACGAGACCUCAUCUCAAAACACAAGACGGAAUGAUACGAAAUCCUUUGGCUUCCACAUGCACAUGUAAAUUUGUACCUGUACACACAUGUGCAGGUGCACACUCAGAUCAGGGACCUGGUAGCUCAUAUGAUGAGCCCAAGAAACCCUAGGCCCAGAUCUUCCCUACCCCAGCAGCACACGAGGAAAUGAGCUUUAAAUAAAGCAUUUAUUGAUGAGCAGAA